AAGCCCUUACACAAACCGAGAAGCAUACAAGAAGACCCUACUAGCUAGAGAAAGUUCGAAAGAAAAUAAUGCCAAGAGGAUACCUAAAGAACUGCACCGGGUCCGGGAAGAAACGAGGCCGAGGCGGAUCAAGCCGCCGUACCGUUGAGAGCGAUCGUGCAAGAGGCAGUCUGGCCCUCGCACAAAGAAAAGUUGACUUGGAAGACAACGCUUUUGUUUCGGAAGACAGCAAACGACGCUUGCAGAAAGCUCGUAGGAGCCGGGGAAGAAGAGGUCAACCGAUUGCUGAUCCAGAGAGAAACGACAUAGUUUUGUCUGGACCCGAGCAACUCCCCAGACGCACCAUGCAGAAACCCAACAUUCAAAAAGUUCUGCCUGGUGAUGCCGGUACAACGACGACGGGUACUUGUGCCAUUUGCUUGGAAGAAGACGUCGCUCUGGUUAGACUUUUUAAGAAUUGCCAGCAUGCCCUGGCAUGUAGCGCUUGUCUUCGACAAGUCUACGUCAGGCACGCUCAAAAAGACGUCGCCCAAUACCCGUUGCGGUGUUUCCAUCCAUCAUGCUCCAAGAUCCUGCAGCAGACACAGCUUGAGCGCCUAGCGUUGGAUUCCGCCGAAUUGAGCAAACAUUAUCGCUGGACUGUCCUGGCAAAGAGUUACCAAAAUCCCCAAUCCAAAGUCUUGCACUGCCCCUCCUGUGAUCAUCCACGUCAAACAGCCCAACAGGCGCUGCCGACACACGACCAGCUACAAACCUUUUCCUGCAGAUCUUGCGGUAGCACCUUUGGGCUGCACCAUUUCUUGGCGGGAAAGGAAAUACGCUCACGUGUCCUCGACGCAAAGGCCACGCAAAACGAACGAUCCUUGCAAGCAUACCGUAGGCGCCGAGCGAUCGGAUCGACCAUGGACAUGCAGAAAUUUUUACGCCGAGCCAACGCAAUGUUUUUUCGUGAAAUGGCCAAGGAAAGAAUCAACUCGAGUCGGGCGACAACUGUCCGCCAAACACGACGUGUUUUGGAGACCCUUCCGAGCGACGGGGUCGGCCAAAAUUCUGGUUGGACGCUAUGCCCUCGAUGCCGGAUUGUGAUCAGCAAAGGCGAUGGCUGUGAUCAUAUGAGAUGCGUGUGUGGUUGGGACUUUUCGUGGAGAGAAGCUCGAGAAUACUGGCGGGAAGCGCAAGGUCUCUAGCUAGCUGAAAGCCAUGUCCUAAUCCCAACCACAAUAACCAACACAGAACCUUCGUAUACGUAACGUCUAGGGCCAGUCACGACUAGUAGCCAGCCAUGGCAGCCGGAAUACAGUGCUACCGCAUCUACCGGUACCAGUUCCAUACCUAGAGUAGUACCUACCGGUAGCUAGCUAGCUAGCUAGCAAGCCAGCUGAAAAGCCUCAAACAUACUGGACCGGAAACAUUCUUCAAGUGAUACCAGUCUCCCUCAUGCAAAGCCAAACUAGCUGGCUUCGUGUGUUUACCCAUCUUUACUGGCCAAAACAACGAGAACCCGGAAGGUUCUCUUUUUCUUUCAUUUGAUCGGCUUUUCCUUGUGGCCUUAUUACAGCAGGAAUUACAGUGUUUCUGGGUAAUGGUAUGGUUUGAAGGUCUUUCAUUAUCAUGCAUGCAUAGGCUGAGACUCGAACGAUACUGUACCUCAAUGUUCGAACCUCAAACUGCAUCCAGCUAGCCACGAGAGCUUCUACGAGCGGGCUAACAGGAGACAGAAAAUCCAUCCAAACUGACGAGAUCCAUGCAACCUGAGGGGUGAUUUCUUUCUGAAUCUGUGGAUGAGAGCCUUGAAUGAAUUUCAACUUCCUGUAUCGAGUUGCGGGUUGGUGGCUUUUGGGAUACCCACGCAAUCUCAUUGCCCUUACCUGAUGGUUGAGUAUGCCAUAGUGCCUGAGCAUGAUAUGCUAAGGGAUGUGUAAAUAAUCAAGCACAACCAAGAAAGGUCAAAUAGACUAGUCUAUGUUGCUGUGAGAAUCUGAUGAAGAGGAAUAUUACAGUAUCUAGCUGGCUGGUGGCAGUCGGCCGCUAGGCUGGUCUUGGAGCAUUCUUCAAGAGUGCAAUUUCACGUAAUUUUCCGGGACCCAAUAUAGCCUUCAGAUCUGAACCGGUAGAAGAAGGCUAUGGGUGAAAAGUGUCAUCUCUA